CACAGACUAGAGGGCAACGUAAUAUAGUGGAACGCAAACAAACAUUAGCACCUCCCUUGAAUCAAAGGGAUAGAAUUAAGGGACAAAGAGGCUGAUGCAUAGGCGCAACGGUAUGAAAUGGAGGAAAUAGGCACAUUAAAGACAUACAGAACCCGUAUGGUAAUAAGGGGCUUUCUGGCAAUAUACGCCCUGAUAGCAACUAUAUGCUCAGUUAAAGCGCAACACGCAACUAUCGGAGUGGAUUGGGGUGAGGAAUAUGUGGAAGUAGCCAUCGGCUUCAGAGGACAUAAGCCGGAUAUAUUACUGAACGAUACCGGUAGCAGGAAGUUCUAUAACGCAGUGGCGUUGGAAGGAGAAACACGAGCUUUUGACCAAAAGGCAGUGGCUAAAUUGCUAAAAACACCAAGCAAAGUGAUACAUAGAUCAGCACAUAUCAUAGGCAUACCAGUAACAGCACAAAGCGGACAGGGGCCUGUAGAUCUAAAUAAAGAUGAUGUAAUAAGGACACUGGAAGAUAAUGGAACCUACUUCGAAUGGGAUUAUGCACCAUAUGAAUUUGCAGCAGAUGAAAAUGGCCAAUUGCACUUUAAAAUAGGCACACAGGGCAUAGUUAAAGCGGAAGAAGUGGCAGGGCACUUUUUCAACUACAUUAAAUCCAUUGUCAUAUCAAACUUGAAAAAGGCAAAAGUAAUCACGAACGAUGAGGAAAAGGUGGGAAUACUGGCGGUAAUCGCUGUGCCAUGCAACUAUACACAAAAUCAACGAAGAGCUAUAGUUUAUGCAGCUGAAAGUGCUGACAUCCUAGUGGCAAAAGUAGUGCACGGAAUUACUGCGGCGUCGACGCUAAGAGCAUUUGAUCAGGCACCAGGAAAGAAGAAAGUACUCUUCUGUGAUAUCGGGAGCUCGGGAGCCAAUAUAGGUGUUAUCGAAAUAAAUGUACCAGAAAAGGAUAAUAAAAAGUCAAAGUCAACAGAGGAGACACAGAUUAAUGUUUUGUCAUGUGUUACACGUGAAGGUAUCGGGGGGAGGUACCAUGACAUAGCCCUGGCGCAACACCUACGGAAAAUAUUCGAAAGCAAAACCAAUGUUGCACUAAUGCCAGAAUAUCCAAACGCACUGCAAAAACUAGUUAAAGCAGCUAAUAAAGCGAAAAUAGCACUUACAAUCUCAGAUGCCACCACAGUAGCCAUAGAAGGACUCAUCAGGAACGUGGACUUCACACCAGAACAAGUUACCAAGGAGACAUUCAACAGUCUCAUACAGGAUUCAGUUAACAAUAUAGAAACAACUAUACACGAAGCAAUGGAGUUAGCCGGCGGAUUGAAAAUGGAAGAUUUAGAUGGAGUGGAAAUCAUAGGUGGAGCCUCAAGAGUACCAGCAGUGCAAAAUAAACUUGUACAAAUUGUGGCACCACAGCAACUGGGUUUCCACCUAAACGCCGAAGAAGCAGUGGCAGUAGGAGCAGGAUACCUAGCAGCAGCACAUAACCCAUUCUUCAAAAUGAGAAGUGCAAAAAUAGGAGAUGCAUCAGUACACCUCUAUGAAGUCAGUAUAGUCUCCACGGAUACAACACAUCCAGAUGCCAUAGAAAAACAUACACCACUGUUUAAGCCAGGAGCUAAACUAAACGGAUCAAAGAGCCUAGUAUUCAAAACUAAAUUAGAUUUUAACGUUACCUUGAAGGAAAAUGGCAAACCGAUAACACUGUUCCAUGGGACGGGAGUCAACCAUAUGAUCAAUUUAGAGGAAAAUAAAGAUAAAAUCGCGCAAAUCACUUUGGUGUUCAUGGCAGAUCAUAGAGGUGUUAUUACAAUAGUUAAAAGCGUAGCUAUGCUUAUAGACCCAGAAGAAGAUACAACGCAACCUGAGUCCGAAACACCAGAAAAUAAAACACAGGAAACUAGUGAAGCAACACCAGAACAAGAAGUUAAACCACCGACUUCAUUCGUAAUUGACCUGCAGAUAACCAACAUCCAAGAUGCAUUCACAAAAGAGAAUCUUGAGGCAUCUAAAUUAGCAAUAGAAACACUUGAUAAACGCGAUAUGGAUGUAGUAAAAAGAUCGGAAAGUAAAAAUUAUCUAGAAUCAAUGAUUUACAAGUAUAAAGGUGCUAUCAAGGAAACGGGAUUCCAAGAAGCAUGUAAUGAAGAGACGAUAAAGCAAAUUAGCAAUAUGGUAAAUGAAUAUGAAACAUGGUUCGAUGAAGAAUCAUACAAUGCAACUUUACAGGAAUUUGAAGAAAAAAUAGAUAAACUUAAACAAAUCGCAACACCAGUCCAGGCAAGAUGGGCUGAAAAUGAAGCACGACCAGCACUAGUAACCUCAACACAAAAAGUAAUCAAUAAACUACAAAGUAACUUAGAGGAGCUUAUGGACAAGAAGCCAUACCUGCAACAAAUGACAGAUAUACUGGAUACAUUCAAAUCCGUACAAACAUGGUGGGAUGAUGUACAAAAGAAACAAGAAGAAUUGAAACCAAACGAUGAACCUGCAUUCAACGCAAAUAGUAUCAAGCUACAAAUCGAAAUCGCAAAACAAGCACUAACAAAAUUACAAAAAACACCACCACCAAAACCCAAAAAAGAAGAAAUCAAGGAAAAACCAGUAGAAACACAAGAUAUGGAACAACCCCAAGAAGACGUUAACGAGACUGUGGAUCAACAGGAAGAACAACCUGAAACACCACCUACAGAUGAAUUGUAACAC